AUGAAUUUACGAAACAUCCCUCUCGGCCACCUGCUUCUGAAAUCGAUGCAAGCUGCAACACUGAGGACCCGCGAUUCGAACACUUCAUCCAUCGUCUGGAGCCAGUGUAAUUUGGACUUGGGUAACGAAAAAUUGCACACCCUUCAAAAAGAUUACGACUGUGCCAAAUUCUCGGUGCCCCUCGAUUAUACCAACGAAAACAGCUCCGAACCUGUUGUGCUCGACUUGGUAAAGGCGAAUGCGACUAAACAACCAUCCAAAGGCAGUGUCUUUUACAAUCCUGGUGGGCCAGGUGGCUCCGGUGUGUCUGUUGUCAUUGGCAAGGGUGGCAGGUUUGUAGAAAUCCUUGGUGGGCACUAUGAUAUUAUCAGUUUUGAUCCACGAUCUCCUCCUAAGGGACCAUUCGCGAAAUCACUCACUCCAACUAGUGGAUCUGCUGGCCCUCUUUCUACUUUACUGCCCCGGAAAAUAAUGGGCAGAGGUGCUGAUACAGUGGCUUAUGGUGACUGGGAACGGAUCAAGGGCGACUCUUGGCGUGAUGCAGGUGAACUCACCGAUGCUUUUUACGAAGGCUACGCAGAUACUGGCCGCUUUUACGGUACACCGUUUGUCGCCAGGGAUAUCGUCAAGAUUUCUGAUGCCUUGGGACAAGGCAACCAGAUCAACUACUGGGGAACCUCAUACGGAACUGUCCUAGGACAAGUUCUCGCGGCUAUGUUUCCCAGUCGCAUCGGCCGCAUGCUUCUCGAUGGCAAUGUUCUUUCAGAUGAAUACUUCACAGGUACCCUGAAAAGCAGCACCAAAGAUGCUGAGAAAGCUAUCCUGCGCUUUUUUGAUGAAUGUCUUGCAGCUGGGCCCCAGGUCUGUUCUCUUGCGGCCAACUAUUCUACAAAAGAAAGUCUCCUCGAGGCCUACAACGAAAUACAGAGGUCAUAUCGUCUCGAUGGCACUCUCAGUAUUACAGGUAGGUCGAGCUCGAAGGCGGACCGGUUUGAAUCACUCGUAUUUCUUCAUCUAUACACUCCUUCCUUAUAUCCCCUGUUGGAUGAAAGGAUAAAGGGUGCCUUAGAAGGUAAUGAGACCGCUGCAUUCCUCCCCCUUGAUGGUGAUGAGGAUCUGACGGGUCAUUUUGCUUUCCUCAUGAUUACAUGUGGUGACACGUCUUUCCGCGCGGACACUCCUGACGAUCUCUUCUCCGUCUAUAAGGCAAAUCUGGGCCUGGGCCCUUUUGGUGACAUGAUUGUGUCGGACAGGUUCCGUUGUGCUCGGUGGAAGUUCCAAGCAGCUGAACAGGUCGAUGCUAAUAGCUUCCGUCGAAUAAAAACGAAGCAUCCUGUUCUUAUCGUCAACGAAAGUCGGGUCGUCGUUCAUGAGGGUGUUGGCCAUUCAUUUAUCGUCCAUCCCUCCAACUGUACAGAAGAUAUUGUGGCCAGGUACUUCAACAGUGGAUCGUUGCCUGAGGUAAAUACCACAUGCAAGCCUAAUUUUCCUGCGUUCGGAUAUGCUAGCCAUGCUGCCAAAAGGUCAUCACUGAGAGGAUGGCAUAGACUGUGGCUCGCAGUCAUGUUGAUCAGUUAUAUGUGGUGGGACUAA